AUGGCUCAAACCUACUACGUUUGCUCCGAAAUUGGCGAUGAUGCCAAGGACGGCACAAGUGAAGCCACGCCGGUCGCCAACCUUUUCCAGGCAAUGAUCUUGGCGGGUUCGGCAGACGGUGACUUCCGGGUUCGCGUCAAGCAGGAAAACGGUGCCAUUGAAUGGGUUCCGCCGGCGCAAAGCGCUAAAAAGAAAAACGUCAAAAAGUUUGAGGCUGAAAAGAAGAAGCUGGAGAAAGAGGCUGAACGCCAUGCCAAGGAGGCGGAGGCACACGAUAAGGCCAUCGAAGAGGCGAAGAAGAUUACGUUCAGCGAGGAUCCCAGUCUUCCAAAAGCCAAGAUCAUUCGCAUUCGUGAUUCUGUCACCAACCGUGAUACGCGUGUCUCCAUCAAGGGAUGGGUCCACCGUUUGAGACGGCAAGGGAAGGCGAUGGCCUUCGUUGUUCUGCGCGACGGAUCUGGAUUUAUUCAAUGCGUCUUGACCGAUAAGCUUUGCCAAAGCUACGAUGCCGUUACAUUGACCACCGAAUCGUCGAUUCAGGUUUUCGGCACGAUCAACAAGCUUCCGGAGGGCAAGACGGCACCCGAUGGCCACGAACUGGUUGUCGAUUAUUGGACGCUGAUUUCCGCCGCUCCUCCAGGUGGCAUCGACAACGUGCUCAAUGAGCAGGCUGGAUUUUGCAAAUUAUGCCUUUUCAGGCACCUCGUGCUUCGCGGAGAGAAGACGUCGCGAGUUUUGCGCAUCGGAGCAGCUGUUACGAGGGCUAUGCGCGAGCACUUUUAUCAUCACGGCUACACCGAGGUGUCCCCUCCAACUUUGGUCCAGACCCAGGUGGAAGGUGGAUCGACGCUUUUUGCUCUCAACUAUUUCGGCGACGACUCCUACCUGACCCAGUCUUCGCAACUUUACCUCGAGACUUGCAACGCAGCCCUCGGUGACGUCUACUGCAUCGCUCGCUCUUACAGAGCGGAAAAGUCGAGGACGCGUCGCCAUCUUAGCGAAUAUAACCAUGUUGAAGCUGAGGUUGCAUUUGUGACUUUUGAAGAGCUGAUGGACAAGGUGGAGGCACUUGUCUGUGACACUGUUGACAGGCUCUGGAACGAUGAGACGACCAAGGCGUUGAUCCAGCACGUUCACCCGGAAUUCGUGCCGCCCCAGCGCCCCUUCAAGCGCAUGGCCUAUGGCGACGCGAUCAAGUGGCUGAACGAGCACGGUGUGAAAAACGAAGAAACGGGCGAGGAUUUCAAAUUUGGCGAAGACAUCCCCGAGGCGCCUGAACGUCAUAUGACAGACACAAUUGGAGUGCCGAUUAUGCUGAACAAAUUCCCGGCCGGUAUCAAGUCGUUCUACAUGGCGCGCUGUGCCGAAGACAACGAGCUGACCGAGUCGGUGGAUCUUUUGAUGCCGGGAGUCGGCGAGAUUGUCGGAGGAUCUAUGAGGAUCUGGAAGGCCGACGAGAUUCAGACCGCUCUUACAAAAGCCGGAAUCGACGGAAAGCCCUAUUAUUGGUACGUUGACCAACGCAAAUACGGUGGUGUACCGCACGGAGGAUACGGUCUCGGGUUGGAACGCUUCAUCUGCUGGCUGACCAACACUCAUCACAUCAGAGACGUUUGCCUGUACCCUCGGUUCAUUGGCCGUUGCCAACCC